AAAAAAAAACUCAUCGAACAAAAAUUUACACAAUUUACAAGGGCUGCUCUUUGAAUCUCAGAGGCCGUACAGUUUUCUAAGUGUUUCUCAGGUAGAGACCGAACAGAGCAAACCCUAAUAAGCGAUGGGGAACAAGAGAUUUAGGUCUGAAAAUGCAGGGAAGCCAACUUCCGUCGAAGCUACUAGGAUUUGGGCGACUAAGGUCAUCGAAGACUUUAGAGCCUCCGGGAAUGAAGUUUACACGUUUGAGCAUAAUCUAUCAAAUAACGAACGUGGCGUAAUUCAUCAGAUGUGCCGGAAGAUGGGCAUUCAAUCCAAAAGUUCAGGGCGUGGAGAACAAAGGCGUCUUUCGAUAUUCAAAAGCGGACACAAAAGUGGGAAGAGUAAAGAAGCCAAUGAGAAAUCAAAGAAAGAGAAGCUCAAAUGUGUGUCAUUUCCGCCAGGGGCAGAUGCUAUUCUACAGGAGUUAUUUACUCACUAUCCACCUUGUGACGGAGACACUGCUGCCACAUCAAAUAACAAGUACUCCGGGCAGUCGGGUAAACAAGGUCAAUGGAAAGAUGAUUUUUUCGGGAAACCAAAAAUUAGCAGUGAAGAGAUUCUAGAAAAAGUGGCAUCUUUGAGUUCUAGACUUAAGAAGGAUAAAGCUCUUAAGGAGAUCGCUAAGCUGCGGUCAAAGCUUCCCAUCACAUCCUUUAGAGACGCAAUUACAUCUGCAGUGGAAUCCAAUCAGGUUAUUCUCAUAUCUGGUGAAACUGGUUGCGGGAAAACUACUCAGGUGCCUCAAUAUCUUUUAGACCAUAUGUGGUCAAGCAAAAGAGAAACUUGCAAAAUUGUUUGCACCCAACCUCGUCGAAUAUCUGCGAUGUCAGUUUCGGAAAGAAUAUCUUGUGAAAGAGGUGAAAGCAUUGGAGAAAACAUUGGUUACAAGGUUCGGCUCCAAAGCAAAGGUGGAAGGCACUCAUCAGUUGUAUUCUGCACGAAUGGUAUUCUCCUGAGGGUGCUUGUAGGAAAAGGCUCUGGUAGCUGUGUUUCCGGCAUAACUCACAUCAUUGUGGAUGAAAUCCAUGAAAGGGAUUGCUAUUCUGAUUUCAUGUUGGCAAUUAUAAGGGACUUGCUUCCGUCAAAUCCUCAUCUCCGUCUGAUUCUCAUGAGUGCUACUCUUGAUGCUGAGAGAUUUUCGGGAUAUUUUGGAGGCUGCCCAGUUGUCCGUGUCCCUGGAUUCACUUAUCCAGUAAGAACCUUGUAUUUGGAGGAUGUUCUCUCUAUUCUGAAAUCAGGUGGAGAUAAUCAUCUAAACUCUGCCAACUUAAGUAUACCUGACCACAAGCUUGAUUUGACGGAUGAAGAUAAACUUGCUUUAGAUGAAGCAAUCAUCUUGGCUUGGACCAAUGACGAGUUUGAUGCCCUCUUAGAUCUAGUUUCUUCUAGAAGAAGUCAUGAGAUCUACAAUUAUCAGCACCAAUCAACCUGGCUAACACCAUUAAUGGUGUUUGCUGGAAAGGGUAGGAUCAGUGAUGUCUGCAUGCUCCUCUCAUUUGGUGCAGACUGGAACUUAAAGUCUAAAGAUGGUAUGACCGCAUUAGAAUUGGCAGAAACAGAGAAUCAACUGGAAGCUGCUCAAAUAAUCAGGGAGCAUGCAGACAAUUCCCAAUCUAAUUCUCAGCAGGGACAACAGUUACUUGAUAAGUACAUGGCGACAAUCAACCCAGAGCAGGUUGAUGUGAGUCUGAUACUGCAGUUAAUGAGGAAAAUCUGUGGUGAUUCAGAAGAUGGUGCCAUUCUUGUUUUUCUACCUGGAUGGGAUGAUAUAAAUAAAACAAGACAGAGAUUACUUGAGAACCCUUUCUUCGCAGAUAGUGUCAAAUUUGACAUUAUAUGUCUUCACUCGAUGGUACCAGCAGGGGAACAGAAGAAAGUUUUUAAUCGCCCCCCUCGAGGUUGUCGCAAAAUCGUGCUGGCGACAAAUAUUGCUGAAUCAGCAGUUACUAUUGAUGAUGUGGUUUAUGUGAUAGAUAGUGGCCGGAUGAAGGAAAAGAGCUAUGAUCCUUACAAUAAUGUCUCAACCCUUCAAUCUUCUUGGGUAUCAAAAGCAAAUGCAAAACAGCGUGAGGGUCGAGCAGGCCGCUGCCAACCUGGCAUUUGUUAUCAUCUCUAUUCUAGACUUCGGGCAGCCUCUAUGCCAGAUUUUAAAGUUCCCGAAAUUAAGAGGAUGCCUGUAGAAGAACUCUGCUUACAGGUUAAGAUACUUGAUCCAAAUUGUAAAACAAAUGAUUUCCUUCAGAAACUGUUGGACCCACCUGUUGAUCAAAGUAUUGCAAAUGCCUUAAGCAUACUACAGGACAUUGGGGCCCUGACACCUCAGGAAGAGCUGACAGAACUUGGAGAGAAAUUUGGUCAUCUCCCAGUUCAUCCUCUGAUUAGCAAAAUGCUUUUCUUCGCUGUAUUGGUAAACUGUCUGGAUCCAGCACUUACUCUGGCAUGUGCUGCCGACUACAAGGAACCAUUUACGAUGCCUAUGUCGCCAGUUGAAAGGCAAAAAGCUGCUGCUGCAAAACUUGAACUUGCGUCACUUUGUGGAGGUGACAGUGAUCACCUUGCAGUUGUUGCUGCCUUUGAAUGUUGGAAAAUUGCCAAAGAAAGAGGUCUUUCGGCAGAGUUUUGCUCUCAGUACUUUGUUUCUCCUAGUGCUAUGAAGAUGUUGGACCAAAUGCGUAGCCAACUUGAGUCGGAACUUAAAAGACAUGGGAUUAUUCCCAACGAUAUUUCAAGCUGUAGCCAGAAUUCGCGUGAUCCCGGUAUACUCCGUGCUGUUCUAGCCGUAGGAUUGUAUCCUAUGGUGGGAAAAUUGUGCCCAGCUUUUGGUAACAAUCGAAGAACUAUAGUAGAGACUGCUAGUGGUGCCAAAGUGCGUGUGCAUUCGCUGUCAAACAACUUCAAUUUGUCGUCGAAAAAGUAUGAUGAAUCUUUGGUUGUUUUUGAUGAGAUCACACGUGGAGAUGGAGGCAUGCACAUCAGAAACUGCACUGUUGCUCGUGAUCUUCCUUUGUUACUUAUCUCAACAGAGAUAGCAGUGGCUCCUACAGUGAGUAGUGAUUCUGAUGAUAGUGAUGAAGAAGAAGAGGAUGAAGAUGGAGAAGCUAAUACUAAUGAAGAUGGAAUGGACAUACAUAAAGAAGAGAGUAGACGUGGGGCGAAAGUGAUGUCUUCACCUGAAAAUUCAGUCAAGUUGGUAGUUGAUCGCUGGUUGCCUUUCAGAACCACAGCCCUUGAAGUUGCUCAAAUGUACAUUUUGCGGGAACGACUAAUGGCGUCUAUUCUGUUCAAGGUAACACAUCCACGGGAACAUUUGCCGCCUCAUCUCGGAGCUUCUAUGCAUGUGAUAGCUUGUAUUCUCUCAUAUGAUGGCCACGCAGGACUUUCAAAUCCGCCGGAGUCUAUGAGACCUAAACAUUCGAGGACUGAGAUGUAUGAUUCCGGUGGAUGGGAAGAGAAACCAAGCUCUUUCCUCAACUCUCUCUUUUGGUCUCUGAGUUUGAAAGAGAACAAGCAUCCUAGUCAUACUCACAGGAAUCGGCAGCAAGACUACAACAUGGCUCAAACAGAAGCUGCAUCGAUACCUAGGCAGCAAAACAAUAAGCAAGGAAACCCCAAAUCAGUCAACAAUGCUGAUAUGGGUAAGAAAAAAGGGAAAAUGUUUGUUAAUUCCACCAAUGGGAUUAACCAACCAGAAGCUGCUUCUACAGCGAAGCAUUCCAAGCACAAAUCAGCUAACAGUUCGAGUUCGGGUAACAAGAAAGAGAACAUGCCUUCUGAUCAAGCCAAUGGAAAUAAGCAACCAAACGCACCUCCAAGAGAAGUUACUGCGUCAAUGGCUAAGAAUCAAAGAAGUAAGAAAACCAAGACCAGGUCAGGCAACAACUCAGAUUCAGGUAAGAAGAAAGACCAAUAUGUUCCAAAGGUUGAUGUCCAUAAAAGGCAGCGCGAAGACAAAGCAGAACAUAAGGGAAAUGCAUGAAGAGUGGGUGCUUUUGGUUUUUGGGUCCCUUGAAAGCAGAGGAAUUGAUGUAUAAACAAACAAUGUAUGUUUGGAUGGUUCCUCGAUUUCACUUUGGUGGUUCUUGUCCCAAAGUCUUUUUAUUUAUCUAAUCAUGAACCGGACUUUUUACCGGUUUCAUGUCGCUCUAAUAUUUUCUUUCACUAUCAAAUCGUAUGCGACAGUUUCGAGAUUACUCAUAAAAGACUCUUCUAGCAGUUUCAUUUUA